AGGCGCUGGCUAUUCACUGCUGCAGCUUGUGUAGUUUGUGUAGCAACAACCUGGAGGCCUGCCAGAACCUUCGCCCGAAUGACAGUGGGAGAAGCCUGGAGACAGCUGAAGCUUCAGCCGACCGCUUCCAAGGAGCAGAUCAAGAAGGCUUUCAAGGACAGGAUCAGGCAGGUUCACCCGGAUGUCACUGGAGAUGAUGGGACCAUGCUCCGCAAGGUGCAGGAUGCUUAUCAGGUUCUGGAAGAGCUCCGAGACCCAACCUUCUUUGAUGGAUCGUCAGAGGAUGGGCUGCCACAAUGGGCGACUGGAUUGCUGGAGGGGAUCGAAUGGAGCUCUGAGUGCCCAAGCUAUGCCGAGUUUUUGCAGAAGCCAGACAACAAGGCACUGGCGGUGGGUGAAAUGAGCCAAAAGACAGGCGUUCGACCCUGGGCUGCUGCUUGGGGAAAGUUCUCACAACAGGACGCGAAUUCAGAAGCUUUGCGUGCCUGCCGCCAAUACGGCGUGAAGUGUCGGCUGGUGUAUGUGGGCAGUGGCACCGCACGGGUUCGGACCGUGGGUUUGGACAGCCGUAGUGGCGAAGAGGAGAAAAACUGGUGGCGAACGCAGGUGAUGAAAUCUGGAGAUUUACCUGGUUUUGGCUGGAUGCCCAUGAUCGAUCCCUCCAAAGAGAGGUUGGUUGGUUGGAAGACCAUCACCGAGGGUAGCGAGAUCAUUGGCGAGCAGCGCAUCCGUGUCCCGGUCUUUGAACCGGCCAAGGGCGGCACACCCUACUUGUAUGCUCCGGGGAAACCGAAAACGCGAGUGCAGUUGAAGCGGACUCCCUUCAAGCGAAUGCAGAGUCUUCAGCGCACAGUGCAGCGAGAUGGAAGGUCUUUGCUUCGGGAGCACAUCAUGUCCUUGAGCCAGCAGUCGGAUGGGUGGACCAGUGCUGUUGAUGUUUUGCGCAGAAAGAAGAGCCCGCAGCAAGGAGAAGUUAGAUAGGCGAUCUGCCUUGCGUUCCUUUGAUGUGGGCCACAGCAUGACAUUUAGAAGCCUCGGACAAAAGGCAAUCCAGAGGCAACCCAUCCAGUGUUAGCUGGCUGGCUCAUCUUCAAUUGAUGAGCUCUCCAACUUGUAGAUACCCGGAACCAAUUUUCAGCAUGCUGAAAUGCUUCAGAAUGAUGCAGCAAGA